UAUUUAUCGGCGCGUCGUGGUUGUACCUACAGGAAUGAUUUUUACUCACUUGCUGGCUGGUGGGAGAUAAUGUUUUAACAGUCAUUAACAAUAUGACCCCAGAUAAUUAUUCGCUGAUUCGUUUCUCCAAGACAAAGGCAAAGGCGCUGAACACAAACACAAAAACCACACAAUCAAGCUGGUGCAGUGACAUUAGAGCUGUACCAACAAGAUUAAAAUAAAGGCCCGAAUAAAGGGAAAGGACAUUCAGGCCAUUACGGUGAGUCAUUGUUCCCAUGUUGAAGAACUGAAAUGGCUUACUCACAGGUCCGGCUGAAAAUUCUCCCCAGCGUUCGUUGUCUCUUUGAUAAACUGGUGCAGGUAAAAGUAGAGGGACUUGCUCCUUUCAAACCAGUAGAACUAAGGUCCAGAUUGGUCGACGACAGAGGGGUGAUUUUCAAGGCCUCUGCCCUGUACAAAGCGGACGCGGCGGGCCAGGUGGACGUUUGUCGUGCACCUUCUCUGGGAGGAAGUUACACCGGGGUGGAGCCCAUGGGUUUGUUUUGGGCCAUGGCACCAGACACUCCGCACAGCAAAUUCCUGAAGAAGAAUGUGCUCAGCCCAACGCUGGUGGAGAUAGCGGCACUGAGUGGGGAGACUGGUGAGCUGUUAAUCUCCGAAACGAACGAGAGAGGAUACAUGACAGAGGGGAUGAAGAGAAUACCUGUGCAAGAGGGCAGAAUAGUAGGAGUCCUCUUCAUACCGCCAGGGAAGGGUCCAUUCCCUGGAAUUGUGGAUUUGUACACUUUAGGUGGAGGUCUUACUGAACCCAGAGCCUGCCUCCUGGCGAGUAAAGGUUUUGUCGUUCUGGCACUGGCCUAUUAUGGCUACCGGAAUUUACCGAAGAACCCUAAAAACCUGGAUUUGGAGUACUUUGAAGAGGCCGUAACAUACCUGAGGAGACGGCCAGAGGUCAAAGGUCCUGGGAUCGGCAUCAUAUCAAUCUCUCAUAGCGUAGCUUUGGCUUUGUCGAUGUCAUCUUUCUUCUCAGGGAUCUCGGCAACCGUCUGUAUCAAUGGCUGCAGUGCGAACACUGUGAUUCCUCUACACUACAAGGACAUUGUGUUUCCUCCACUCCCACCUGUCAUAAAGAAAGUUAAAAUCACAGACUCUGGGCUUUUAGAUGUACGCGAUGCCUUAGCAGACCCUACGCUGGAAAAGAACAGAGCGUCUUUGAUUCCAAUUGAAGGUGCCAGAUGCCAGUUCCUGUUUGCUGUUUCUGAAGAUGACCACAACUGGAACAGCGCUUUAUUCGCAGAACAGGCUGCUGCAACACUGAGAAGUCAAGGCAAAGAAUCGUUUCGGGUGGUUACGUAUCCUAAAGCUGGACACUUUCUGGAGGUCCCUCACAUGCCUUAUUGUCCGUCUGCCUUUCAUGCAGCAGUGGGGAGAGCUGUGGUGUUUGGUGGGGAGCCAAAAGCCCACUCUGAGGCUCAGCUGGACCUGUGGGAAAGAGUCCAGGAGUUCUUCAAGAGCCACUUGGACAACAAGGGCACUUGUUAGCAAGCAGUAUUGCAUCAAGUGUGUCAAGCAUCUCCGGAAUGGCUGCCCCUAGCUAUGCCUAGGCUUGUUUUGAAUUUCUAAUGAAUUAAUUUGUCAAAGGGGUAUUAAAUGAUACUUCUUGAGCAUUCCUGUUUUGAAACUUGUGAUUUGUGUCUUUCCCAGACUUGAAACAAACAAAUCACAGUGGGAUGCCAGUUUUUGUUUUUUUGUUUUGUUUUUUCCAUAUGCUUCAAUGUGGAUGUGUGUCCACGGAUUGCAAGGCCCAAACGUUAAAAUGCCUUUUUCACAGCCGGUAUUUAGACUUUUCCCUUUAAGCAUUCCACUAAGGCAUCCCACUGACACAUCUGAACGGAUUGCAGCCAAAAAUCACCAUUUUGCUUUUCCUACAAUGACCUGACAAAAUGUCUGCGGUGAAGGAGACCUAUAUACCCCAGGCUGUGAAAUGCCUCAGAAUAUGAGUAUCAUAUUGUGUGGUUGGAUACUAUCAUUAAUCAUCAGAGAUAACUUAAGAUCUCUGCAUAUAACGCUCCUUGCCGCCGUGUCAAAUGCAGUAUUAUCAUACUGAAUUCGCAGUGUUUGCCUUGCGGCCGGAAAUAGGGUGGCUAAUAAUUCAAUUUUAUAUUUUUCUGACUUUGAUUGGUAUCAGAUCGUGAUGAUAUUGUCAUAUUGUGUUGCUGUUUUACGAAAUUAGAGUGAACAAAUGAAAAAAUUCCAAGAAUAGUGGAAUUAAAAUCUCAUAAAAUGAGGGAUCAUGUCGUGUUCAGCAUAACAGUGGAGCACAGUUCACCACACUGAACAUUAAUGUGAUUUUUUUUAAACAUUGAAUCGUGAUACAUCGAUAUCGAAAAAAUAUUAAAAUGAUAAAAGUAGAUUGGCUUUAUCCACAUUGCCUAGCUCUAAGUAUGAAAUGAAAACACUGCAUUUUAACUUAAGAAGAUACUUUAUUUUGGUUAAUAUCGUUAUAUCACUGCUGUUCGAGGUUU